GCCCAUUAACACUUUGUCCCGGAAACCCCAAAAUUGGUUGCUGCCUCUGCUCUUAUUAGUCUUGCCACCGCCGUUUCUUCCUCAUAUCACCAUAUAUAUCUCUCUCUCACAGUCGAAGAAGAAGAAAAAUGAUUGAAGUCACAAGAGCAAUGAUCGGGAGAUUAGGAAAUACCACCACGAUCAUCAAGGACAGAUUCCUAGGGUUUCUAAUCUGGCAAUCAUGUCAAUCAACCCUAGUCUACUUUUUCUGCAAAACCCUGCUUGCCUUAUUAGCCCCAUCGACCACCUUCUCCGCCGCCGUCUUUGCCUUCCUCUUCUUCCAACUCUCCCUCCUUCUGUUCUCCACUUCCCUCUUCCUGGUAUCCUCUCCUCAACCCGUUCGCGGAGUUUCACCAAUCGAACUCCUCCUCGGCAUACUUAAACUCAUCUUCGUCCAUGGAGGCCAGCCCUUGCCUGCCGAUUUUAGACGGAGGGCCAGGAUUACAUUGAGCUUUAUACUGUUCCUAGCUUCCUCCGGGGUGUCUGCUUUUCUGUCUGUUGUUUGCCUUUCUGGGUCUCAGGUUUUUGGAGCAUUAGGGCUAAGGGGUUUGGCUGUUGGAUUGAUUUACGGAUCACAUUAUGUGCUCACUAGGAGAUGGGUUUUGGAUUUCCCCAUCGUUCAGCGGCCUGUUUUCUUCAGCUACAAAAUGGGUGUGCGCAAGGCAGUUGUAAAAGCCAUUAAGCUUUCAAGUGCUGGGUACCUACUCUCAUUGGUGCUGCCUUUCUUUAUCAAUGACCACAAGGGUCGUCAGCUGGCGUUCGGGGGUCUUGUCAUUGAGCAGAUCGUUUUCUAUUUUGCAUGUGUUGUGGUGUUCCUCUGUUGGGAACUGAAUCUUCAUCUGCUUCAGGUGUUUCUCACAAAGAGGUAUCUGUUUGCUCCUCCAAAGGGAUCAGCAGCAGCAGAAACAAACCCUAGCGAUCAUCUUCUUGCAGCCCUUGAGGAGACAAGUGAAAGGUCAGUUGUGCGUUACCUUGCUUAUCUUGACUUGUGUAUGGUGAGUGAGAGUAAUGUUGACACCUGGCGUCGAGCUGCAUUCUUUGAAGAAACUGGUGAGACCUACAAAAAAGUGAUAGCUGUAUGUUUGAAGCCCCUGGAACAGCUCACACUGGAUUUGAGUGAAGACAAGUCAUUCCAACUGUCUCAUCAGUUAUGUUCUUCAACUCAGCUGCUUUCAAGUCUACAUGAACCAUUUUAUGACUUUCAGGUAUGUGCAUGGUGUGCUCGUAUUGCAGCUUCACUCACUGUACGUUCCCACAAAGAAGACCGUUUUGGGGUUGCUCAGCUCUCUGGCUCCAAUGCCGCCACUCUCUCCACCCUUUUGGCUGCCUUAUUAGCUGUUGAAACUUUAAUGGGGAAAAAGACAAACCAAUCACCCAACCAGUAUCUAAAUGGGCCUGCCAAUAUCAAAUGGGCUGCAUUGAGCCCAACAAGGAGAGACACAACAAUAAGAACAGCAUCAUCAUCAAACAAGAAAGGCAGCCCUUACUACUCAAAAGCAUACUCCAUGGCUGACAUUCUCAGGACUUCAAUUUACCAAAUCGUCUCAAAUUUCCAUCAACAAAUGCUCACCAGCUCCAAAGCUGGACUGCUUGACAAGGACUGGAUUGCCACUUCAGCUCCCACCACCCGUGACCUUCUUCUACAGAAGCUAAGGAUGUUUCUUGAAUUUCAAGCCAACUAGCUAUUCUUAUGUCUGUCUUUUCUUACUUUUACUAUAAUG